AUGGAAGAUAUCAGUGAAGAACUUUCUAACUCUGCCCUGAGCGAGCCUCAGAAUACCACCACAGGAGUGUGUUACAGAGAUGAGGAAACUGGGGACGAAACAAACCGUGAUAUCUCAAAGAUCAAGAAGCAUGCCACCAGGACCUGGAUGAUUACUUUCUUGUUGGUGAGCAUGGGAGCUGCUGCCAGUGUAGCCUUUCUGUACAUUGGCAUUAGUGGGGCUAGUAAUGACCAGAAAGAGAGCUUUGAACGUAGGGCUAGUGACGUCUCCAAAGAGAUUGAUGGUGCUUGGGAUGACUAUGAGGCAGCAGCUCGUUGGACUCACUCUGAGUGCCGCAACUGGAGGACUGACAACUUCACGCAUCAGGACUUUGAAGCUCUCUAUUACUACCUAAUUGAAGAAGGCCUGAACUUCUACUCUAUCAAUUGGGUCCCAAACAUUACCCAUGCAGAGAGACCUCUAGUGGAAGAGAAAGAGGGGGGCUUUUGGAAGAACAAUAUUGAAGGUGCAGAAAACUAUGCUGGUUUCACAGGCCAAGAACCAGAUCCAGACCAUCCAGGUGAACUCAUCUAUGCCAACAGAUCCGAACAAGCUUUCUACUUUCCAAUUUAUUUUGUGGAACCCAAGAGUGCUGCUGCUAGCAUCAUUCACUAUGAUCUUUUCAGUGCUCCCUGGGAAAGUCCUGCCAUUUCCAAAGCUCUGGAGACCUACCAACCUGCCCUCACUGGAAGGUUCGUCCUUGCACAGCACGCACCCGAGGAUGGCUACAGUACACUGCUUUAUCACCCUGGUGUCAAACUCCCAAGUCACCUUGCACAAGAACGUCACGACGUUACCACCAUCGUUAUGACGCUCAACCCCUUUCUCCAGCAUGCAGCUCGCGUCCAGCAGGAGCCAAUGGCGGUUUACCUCUAUGACAAGACCUUGGCAGAAAUGGAUGAAGAAGCUCCCUUUGAAUUCUUGGGUGGAGUGCAAGUGAAAUACGAGAAUGAAGACCGCAGCAAGCGCAAAAUGACAAAUCUAAUGGAAACAGAGUAUGCUACUCUACAGGACUCCUCUGACCUCUACUAUGAACGAGACAUCCAUGCUGGAGGGAGGACCUGGGCAAUUGUGGUUAUCCCAGUGGAGGGUGAUACCUCCUUCCAACCAGAUGUCAUUUUUGCCAUUCUCUGUGGAGUAAUGAUCUUUGCUGCCUCAUUGCUGCUGGCAUGGAUCUGGGUUAUGCACAACCGCAGCCGAACACACCAAGUCAUGAAAAUUGUGGACAAGGCAGCUGCAGAGUCCAGGAUUGUCUCAGACCUGUUCCCGGCCGCUGUCCGAGAAUCCAUGAUUCACCAGCAAAGAGUCUCCCAAGCUGAGAAAGCAAGAGAUGACGCCAGCAGUUCCAAAGAUUCAUUUUUGAUGCAGGAUCGCAGUGAAUUCAACAUGUUUCAGGAUCCUGACGAUGAUGGUCGGAAAACAAUAGAAGGAGUUUACUUGACAAAGCCAAUUGCCCACCGUUAUGACGCCUCUACAAUCAUGUUUGCGGACUUGGCCGGUUUCACUGCUUGGAGCUCCAGCAGAUCACCAGAAGAUGUGUUUACUCUCCUUGAGACUCUGUAUGGUGCUUUUGAUGAAAUAGCCAGACGGCGAAGAGUGUUCAAGGUGGAAACAAUUGGUGACUGUUAUGUGGCAGUCGCAGGCGUUCCCAAGCCAAGAGAAGAUCAUGCUGUGGUCAUGUGUCGGUUUGCGAAGGACUGUCUCCACAAAAUGCAAAAACUAAUCAAAGUUCUUGCAGAAGGAUCACUUGGCUCUGAUACCUCCAGUCUCUCAUUUCGUGUUGGUCUACACAGUGGCCCGGUAACCGCGGGUGUUCUACGUGGUGACAAACGGCGCUUCCAGUUGUUUGGGGACACAAUGAAUACUGCAUCACGAAUGGAGACAACAGGGGUUGAGAACAAGAUUCAAGUUUCCCAGGAGACUGCAGAUCUUCUUAUUGCAAGGGGGCAUAAAAAGUGGCUUACACCUCGCGAGGCCUUGGUUGAGGCAAAAGGAAAGGGCACAGUGCAGACGUAUUUUGUGAACAUUGCCAGUGGUUCUGUGGCAUCUUCCCAAGCUUGCGACCACGCCAGAGGCAAGAUGGAUUUCCGAUCUUUUGCCAGUGAAACUACAGGUUCCAGUGACGGCACCGCCUCCGAGGAGGAGCAAGCAGGGGCCGACAUGCUUGAAGAAGAGCAUGGAGUGACAGACAUCGUGAACAUCUAA